AUGUGGUAUGGAAUAUUUCGAGUUGAGUUGAGAAAUGAUUUUCAACGAGUGAAAAACAGACUUGUUUCGUUGCAACCCCAUCAACAAUUGCUACUGCAGCAGGAACAUCAAUCUGAUGUGAUAUCAGCGAAUUAUUACCGCACAGAUCGUGUUCUGGAGCAACUUGCCUUGAAACCAUCCAAGUUGGCAUCUCAACCAGUUCUUAUUUAUCAUCACAUUGAAGACACCAGUAUCAAUGCGAUAUCUGGAUUUGCGGAAUUCGAACGAAACCAGUGUCUUGUAAAAAACUGCUUCUUAACUACAUUCGAGCGUCAUCAAGCGAAAGCGCACGUUGUUUUGCUCAGUGCGAGAUCGUCAAUGUCAAGCGAUUAUCAUAAACCACAUGGACAAGUGUGGAUUUUGCAACUAUUCGAAAGUCCUGAAAAUACAGAUUCGUUGAAAAUGUUCAACGCCAAGAUCAAUUAUACGGCUAGUUAUCGUUGGGAUAGCGACAUUGUUACACCUUAUUUGCGGUGGUGGCCCAGUUCAACCUUAAAACUGCCUAUGAAUAACGAUCACAAUGCUAACCAUGCAAGAGGUAAAACCAAAAAAGUCGCCUGUAACAAUGUGAUUCCGAUUGUAAUGGGUCCUCCGAAGCAAUUUUAUCAGCGUAUUGCACCUCCAAAUUCGUUUAUUCACGUUAACGACUUCGACGGACCAGAAAAUUUGGCCAGGUACUUACAUGAAAUUGAUCGUAAUGACACGAUGUAUAACUCGUUUUUCGAAUGGCAUCGGAGCGGUGCGAUAAUGGACUCGAAAUUUUGGUGUCGACUUUGUGCAAUUGUACAACAACCACCUUUCAAGUAUUAUAAUGAUAUCGAUUCAUGGUGGCAUAAUCACUCAGACUGCGCUUCGUCAACUUGA